AGAUCACAAUCACUUGUCUCGCGAGCUAGCUAGUUUAAUUAAUUUGUUGCCGGCAAUAUGGGUAGUCGGGAGAUGAAGGAUACAGUAGUAGUUGCACCAAAGGAAAAGGAGGUGUUUUGGCAUGAUAUCGAGAUGCAGCAGAUGGAAGGGUUCUGGUACAUAGAGUCGUAUAUGAAACCCAUAGCUGCAUUCAAGUCCGGAUUCCAGCCGAGAAGCGACGACAUCCUCUUGACAUCCAUCCCCAAAACAGGAGCAACAUGGCUCAUGGCUCUCUGCCACAACAUCCUCCAUCCCGGCGUUGACGAAAAGGAAGACGCCCUCACGAAGAUGAACCCGCACGAGCUGGUCCCCACCCUCGAUGCCCUCUUCCUCGCCGACCAGAUCCAAGAAAUGUUGCUUGAAUCGGGUCGCACCAAUCGUGUGUUCCACACCCAUGUGCCUUACAAUUGCUUGCCGGAGGCCGUGAAGAACUCCGGGUGCAAAAUUGUACACGUGGCCCGGAACCCAAAGGACACUCUGGUCUCGAUGUGGCAUUUCUACCACGUACUCUUCAAGAGCGACGCAUCUCCCAAUGACCGAUUCCCGCUGGAAAGACUAGUGGAGAGCUUCUGCAACGGGGUCGUGCCUUACGGGCCGUUUUACGAGCACGUGGUGGAAUAUUGGGAAGAGAGCAAGAAGCGGCCCGAGGAGGUGUUGUUUCUCAAGUACGAGGAACUUUGCAGAGACCCCAAAGGGCAAGUUAGGAAGCUGGCUUCGUUUCUCGGGAAGCCAUUUAGCCAAGAUGAAGAUCAAGGAGAUGCUGAGCUGGAGAAGGUGUUGUGGAGGAGCAGCAUCGGCAGGCUCCAGAAUCUGGAGGUUAACAAGAAUGGCAUCUGGGAGCUACCAAACGUGCCCAAAAACACCUUCUUCAGGAAAGGAACUGUUGGGGACUGGAAGAACAACUUAACGCCGGAUAUGGCUCAACGCAUUGACCAGCUGACACGACUCAAAUUAGAGGGCACCGGGCUUUCUCUUGAUGAUUUUUGAAGUACCAUAAUUCUAGCUAAGAGAGUCUUGUUUGAGCAUUACUAGCCUUUUUUUUUUUUUAGGUGACUUUUACGCCAAGACUAUCUACUGUUGGUUGUUUUUUUCCUUUUUUAUGUUUAUGUGUUUGUCAUUGACAUUUUGUGUUGCUUUUGUGUGUUUUGGUUCGUGUUGAUGUUGAAUAAUAAGAAUUCACCUAUUAAAUGGUUAUGCCAUAUAUUUGUUUGCUAAAAUUAAUAUUCCUUGCUAAAAAAUGUGGAGAUAAUAGUAAAUAUUCUUAGGUGCA